CCUGGAGUCGCCUCUCCGCAGGGAAAUCGGCGGCUGCCCGGCACGGGCGUCCAGAGGUAAAGGCGUCCGGAGGGAAGGCCCGGGGCUGCGGCCGAGCUCUCGGCGGCCAGCCCUGCCCUGCCCGCCGCCCUGGCGCCGGCCACGCUCGGAUGCCCCCUGUGCCCGCCCCGCCGGGCGGAAACUUUGCCUGGCCACGUCCCCUGCCCGCCUAACAGCGCCGAGAGGCUCCCGGUCGGCGGCGCGCCCUCCGGGGCCGCGAAGCCCCGCGCGUGAUUGCGGGGCCCGCCAGGCGCCCGGCGCCCGCCGCGCCCCGCCGUGCGCGAGCGGCCGCCAGGAUGCGCUACGCCGACCCCUCGGCGAACCGGGAUUUGUUGGGGAACCGAACUUUACUCUUCAUCUUCAUCUGCGCCUUCGCCUUGGUGACCUUGCUGCAACAGAUCUUGUAUGGCAGAAACUACAUCAAGAGAAGCCUCCAGUUUGGUUGGCAGAGUGGCGACCAGCUGGCCAAUUGGACGGGGCUCUUUAAUGUCACGGACGACCCGGCAGUGCAGAGCGGCAGUGACUCCAGCUCCAGGUACUUUGAGUUUUACGAGGGCCCGUUUGAGUAUAACUCCACAAGAUGCCUGGAGCUGAGACACGAAAUCUUGGAAGUGAAGGUGCUGUCCAUGGUGAAGCAGUCGGAGCUAUUCGACAGAUGGAAGAGCCUGCAGAUGUGCAGAUGGGCAAUGAAUAUCUCUGAGGCCAACCAGUUCAAGUCCACUCUGUCCAGGUGCUGCAACGCCCCCUCCUUCCUCUUCACGACGCAGAAGAAUACGCCCCUGGGGACGAAGCUCAAGUAUGAAGUGGACACCAGCGGCAUCUACCACAUCAACCAGGAGAUCUUCCGCAUGUUUCCCAAGGUGCUGCUUGGGGCAGGGCAGUCUGGGCAGGGCAAAGGGGCGACCUCACGUGGCCCUCUGUGGCCACGCCCACGCAGUGUGGCAUCACUCUGCUGUGCCCUCUGCACCCAUUGUCCUGGCUCAGGUUGGCUCAGUGGACUGUCCUCUGGGGCUCCCGUCUGGGCACAGUGAGUGCCAACUGGCUAUUAUUUGAGCGACUUCUGGCAAGAAAAUGGUUGUCAAAUUUUGGUUAUUACAUUGCUUGCAGAGGACAUCCCGAAGAUAUCUGGAAGAGUGAUUAGGCAUUUGUCCCCCACUGGAGGCAGCAGGAGCAAAACCAUUCACGCAAAGAUUGCAUGCACGAGAAAUCACGGACCAGUAGAAAGCAAAUUGGGAACGAUUUGAUCUCACGUUGGAUGACCUUGGACGGUUCUUAUAUCUUCCAAGGCCCCAGUCUCCCUGUCCAUCACACUGGACUGGUUUAGGCUAGGAAUAGGUUUGGCUGCUUAUAACAGAAAAUCUAAGUAAAACAAGAUAGACGUGAAUUGUUUUCCUUCCGCAUAAAAGAAGUCGGGAGGGCUAGUACGGUGGCUCCCUGGUCAUGGGGGACCACAGGAUAAGUGAUCUCAUGAAUGAACAGCUCAGGGCACUGAAGCUCUGGCUUCACUUGUGGCCUGAUCACAGCGUCAGAAUCUCAGAGAAAAGGGCCUGGAACCUGCCUUUUCAGCUCAUUCUGGUGGUUAUUACCAUCUGAAAAGGAAGAAGGUUCCACUGGAUGUGUUCAUAACCACCACCUGGAGAGCAUUGGGUCCAGGGCAGGACUUAGUGAGUCCAGUUUGCAGAAAUGUUGAGUGGGGGCAUGUCAGGUCUUUCUGGAUGAAAUCUGAGGGCCUGGGCUGCCCUGCUUCAACGGGAAUGCUCAUGAAACAAAGCCCAGGCGUCCCCGCGUUCUGUUACUUAAACGGAGGGUGCUGAUAAGAUUGGGCCUUGUGGGGGUAGCGGGGAGGAGCACAAGGUGGAGAGGUGUCACAUAUUCCCUCCCCACGUCACUGGGCUGGAGGAUGAUGGGGAUAAGCCACAUUUACCAGGUGGGUCUUUUUUUUUCUUUUUUUUAAUGUUUAUUUUUGAGAAAGACAGAGAGAGAGACAGAGUGUGAGGGGGGAGGGGCAGAGAGAGAGAGGGAGACACAGACUCCGAAGCAGGCUCCAGGCUCUGAGCUGUCAGCACAGAGUCCAUCGCGGGGCUCGAACUCCCAAACCACGAGAUCGUGACCUGAGCCGAAGUCAGAUGCCUAACCGACUGAGCCCCCCAGGCACCCCUACAGCGUGGGUCUUGCAAGGCCUGGAACAGGAGGCUGAUGUCCGACAGGUGGACUUACAUCUCAUGCGGGUCAUGCCAGUGGGUGACAGUUCAGUUAUGACAUAUGGGUCCAACAAGGGCCGUGGGUAUAGACUGCCGAGGCCCAGGGAGUUAGAGCAGGGCUGCCAAAUGUUCUCUGGAAAGGGCCAGAGAGCAAAUAUUUUAAGCCUUGCAGGCCAUAUGGUCUCUGUCACAGCCACUCACCUUUAUGGUUCCAGCACAAGGCAGCCACAGACCUUCACAAACAAACGAGUGUGGUUGGGCUGCAGUAACACUCUAGUUCCUAUCAGACACUGAAACGUGAACUUUACAUAAUUUUUACGUGUCACGAAGUCUUCUUCUUUUGAUCCCCACCCCCAACCGUUUAAAAAUACAAAACCCAUGGUUAGCUCGCAGGCUGUAUGGAAACAGGCAGAAGGUCCGAGGUGGCCCGCAGGCCAUAAUUAGCCACCCCCUGAGUUAGACCCUGUGACUUAGAAGGAUUCAUACCCUCAAGGUAAGUACUUCUUUGGGAUUGUAUAAAAUUCAGCUUCUCCACCUCCUCCCCCGACCCUGGAGAUUCUGAUUCCGUGGUUCUGGGAAGGAGCCCAGGAAUUUCUAUUUCCAGAAAGUACUCCAGGUUGUUUUUGAUGUACAGAAGUUUGGGAGACACUGACAUAGAACAUAAAGGCCUUUGAGGAUCUCUCCAAAGAUAACUUUGGUUUUUUCCUUUCCCUGGUAAAAGUCGAACAGUGCAGUUUUCCCCAAUGGCUGUGAGACACCCUUGUUUUCCCCAUCCUGGCCCCUGGGCCUGUCCCUUCAGGGACAAUGGGCCUUGAAGGACAGUCUCCCACAGACGGAUGCAGCAUCUUCUUCAGAUUUAGCCUCCUUCCUGAGGACCCACUGUGGUGUGAUUGCCCAUGACCCCACCGGGAGGCCAAGGUGCCGACCAGGGCCACUGUCAUUCAGGGCUGGCCAGGUGAUGUGUGCUGGAAGGGGAGCUCUCCAGUAGGCUCCUGGGGGGAGGGAUCUUUGGGGACUAAUGACAGUAAUAAUCUGGUCCUCCUGCCGAGAUACCUCUGGGCCAAGCAUCACCCUGGAUAGGCUUUUCAUUUACACUAGUGGUUCUCAACCCUGGGGACAUUUGGCAAUGUUUAGAGACAUUUUGGUGGUUAUGAUUGGGCGUUACCCUUGACAUCCGGUGGGGAGAGGCCCAGGGAUGCUGCUAAACAUUCUGCAGU